AUGUGCUCUACUUUUCUGGCCGGCAAGCAUAACGUCCGGACCAUCUUCAUCGACUUCUGUCAGCAUGAAGACCUGGACCACUAUGCCUACCGGGAGCGCCAGCGGAUCCUGCAACCGCUUUCCCUGUUGGGCCCGGGGGUUCGUUUGUACGAGUGCAGUUCUUACUGGGAGGCCAAGGAUUAUCCUCGCCGUAUCACGGACACUUCAUAUCUCACCACUCACUUUGACAGUCUCUACAUGCCGCUCAAAGCCGCUCUGCGCAAGGAAGUGGAAGCUCUUUGCACGUUCCGUCGCCUGGCCGCAGGCAUCGGGUAUCUGAUCGACACGCCACCGACUACAUCAGACUGGACGCCCUUGGGUACGAUGUGGCAACAUCCGUUAGUGUCUCCGGCUCAGGGAGCGCAGGGUGGAGUCGACGCAGUAAGAGAGAAGUUGAUGGAGCAUGAUCGGAGAUUCUGGCUCGGGUCGGGCUGGUGCGAUGAGCAGUGGGAGAGGGAAGCGAUGAGCGAUCUUCGGGAGCUGGAGGGGAUGGGUAAUCGGAUCGAUGUGGAAUGGUUGGCGAGGGAAUCUGCGGAGGAGAUGGGUUGGGGCGGUGGCGAGGCCGAGGAGGGAGCGGAUGGGGUUGAAUAUGGCGAGCAGAGUGCCGGGUGA